GGUGCACCGAGGACUGGAGUCGCCGACGCCAAAAGGUGUAGGCUAUAUUUGCGCCUGUAAAUAUAAGCAUCAACAACAUAAUAGGAUUACAGAACGGAGAACUAAGGACCACGAGCAGGAUAUUAUAGACUUUUAGCUAAAACGGGAAUGACGAGUUACCGGGUAACCAAGGAACCGCUGUUGGUAAGGCGCCCAGCGUUAGUCCCAACGAAGUGGAAACGAGAACCACUCUGUUGAAUGACUCGGUCUACCGGAGAGAACCGCGCGUUAACAACGUCAAUCGAAGUCAGCCUAUAAUUGGAAAUUGAGUUGAAAGCAGUAAAGUGGGAAAUACUUAAUAUACCUGCGCCUAAAGACGUCAUGGGUGCGAUCAUGUUCGCGUGUAUGUACAUAUAAUUUGGUCUGAAGACCGUUUGGCGCUCCGAGUCAACACAGACAGCAGUGAGUACAUAUAGUGAUUGUAGUGAGUAGGAUGUACAUUUCUCUGAAAUAACAAGCUCAAAAGAACUGUAGUUCCUCCUGUAGGACCUCAGUGAAACGACAGAUCUGAAGGCUACGUAUUCAGAAUAUCAGCAACAAAAAAGAAGAAGUGUUUUGUGUGUGACAGGUCACGUUCCUCACCUGUCUGAUGGAGAAGUAUGACAAGCUGGCCAAGAUUGGAGAGGGUUCAUACGGUGUGGUGUUUAAAUGCAGACACAGGGAAUCCGGACAGAUAGUCGCCAUCAAGAAGUUUGUUGAGUCAGAGGAUGACCCAGUCAUCAGGAAGAUAGCACUGAGGGAGAUACGCAUGCUGAAGCAGCUGAAGCAUGUGAACCUGGUUAACCUCCUGGAGGUUUUCAGAAGGAAGAGACGUCUCCACCUGGUCUUUGAGUUCUGUGAGCAGACCGUCCUGAACGAGCUGGACCGACACCCCCGUGGGGUCCCUGAGGUUCAACUGAAGAGUAUAGUGUGGCAGACGCUGCAGGCCGUCAACUUCUGCCACAAACACAACUGUAUUCAUCGGGAUGUGAAGCCAGAGAACAUCCUCCUCACCAAGACAGGAGUCAUCAAACUCUGUGACUUUGGAUUCGCCAGGAUCCUCACGGGGCCAGGUGACGACUAUACAGACUAUGUGGCUACUCGGUGGUACCGGGCUCCAGAGCUCCUGGUGGGUGAUACUCAGUAUGGAGCCCCGGUGGACCUCUGGGCGCUGGGCUGUGUAUUCGCUGAGCUACUCCAUGGAAACCCUCUCUGGCCUGGACGCUCUGACGUUGACCAGCUCUACCUCAUCAGAAGCACUCUAGGUGACCUGAUCCCUCGUCACCAGCAGGUGUUCCGAUCCAACGUGUUCUUCAGCGGAGUCAGCAUCCCCGAGCCUGACACCACGGAGCCCCUGGAGAAACGCUUCCAUGGUGUGUCCUCUCACGCUCUCACUGUCAUGAAGUCAUGCCUGGUGAUGGACCCGUUGUUGCGUCUGUCCUGUGAGGAGCUGUUGGAGCUGCCAUACUUUCUGGAAGAAGGCGGAGCCAGCUGGGGCCGCGAGGGGGAUUGUCCCGGGAGACGCCAUGACAACAAAAUCUCCAGACGACGACAGGUCGGGCCGCAGUACCUUCCUCAGCUCCCCAGCAACAACAUCUCUCCUGCUCCAGAGACCAAGAAACAGAACAAACACAGAUACACAGACCAUCACCUGCCCAACAUCUAGAGAGAGGAGAAUCAGCUGUCCCACAUCUAGAGAGAGGAGAAUCACCUGCCCAACAUCUAGAGAGGAUAAUCACCUGCCCAACAUCUAGAGAGGAGAAUCACCUGCCCAACAUCUAGAGAGGAGAAUCACCUGCCCAACAUCUAGAGAGGAGAAUCAGCUGUCCCACAUCUAGAGAGGAGAAUCACCUGCCCAACAUCUAGAGAGGAGAAUCACCUGCCCAACAUCUAGAGAGGAGAAUCACCUGCCCAACAUCUAGAGAGGAGAAUCACCUGCCCAACAUCUAGAGAGGAGAAUCAGCUGUCCCACAUCUAGAGAGAGGGGAAUCACCUGCCCAACAUAUAGAGAGGAGAAUCACCUGCCCAACAUCUAGAGAGGAGAAUCACCUGCCCAACAUCUAGAGAGGAGAAUCACCUGCCCAACAUCUAGAGAGGAGAAUCACCUGCCCAACAUCUAGAGAGGAGAAUCACCUGCCCAACAUCUAGAGAGGAGAAUCAGCUGCCCAACAUCUAGAGAGGAGAAUCAGCUGUCCCACAUCUAGAGAGAGGAGAAUCACCUGCCCAACAUCUAGAGAGAGGAGAAUCACCUGCCCAACAUCUAGAGAGGAGAACACCUGCCCAACAUCUAGAGAGGAGAACACCUGCCCAACAUCUAGAGAGGACCAUCACCUGCCCAACAUCUAGAGAGGAGAACACCUGCCCAACAUCUAGAGAGGAGAAUCACCUGCCCAACAUCUAGAGAGGACAAUCACCUACCCAACAUCUAGAGAGGACCAUCACCUGCCCAACAUCUAGAGAGAGGACCAUCACCUGCCCAACAUCUAGAGAGGACCAUCACCUGCCCAACAUCUAGAGAGGAGAACACCUGCCCAACAUCUAGAGAGGAGAAUCACCUGCCCAACAUCUAGAGAGGAGAAUCACCUGCCCAACAUCUAGAGAGGACCAUCACCUGCCCAACAUCUAGAGAGGAGAACACCUGUCCAACAUCUAGAGAGGAGAAUCACCUGCCCAACAUCUAGAGAGGAGAAUCACCUGCCCAACAUCUAGAGAGGAGAAUCACCUGCCCAACAUCUAGAGAGGAGAAUCACCUGUCCAACAUCUAGAGAGGAGAAUCACCUGUCCAACAUCUAGAGAGGAGAUUCACCUGUCCAACAUCUAGAGAGGAGAAUCACCUGUCCAACAUCUAGAGAGGAGAACACCUGUCCAACAUCUAGAGAGGAGAAUCACCUGUCCAACAUCUAGAGAGGAGAAUCACCUGUCCAACAUCUAGAGAGAAGAAUAACCUGUCCAACAUCUAGAGAGGAGAAUCACCUGUCCAACAUCUAGAGAGGAGAAUCACCUGUCCAACAUCUAGAGAGGAGAAUCACCUGUCCAACAUCUAGAGAGGAGGAGGACCUGUCCAACAUCUAGAGAGGAGAAUCACCUGUCCAACAUCUGACAGAGAGAGGAGAAUCACCUGUCCAACAUCUGACAGAGACGGAGAAUCACCUGUCCAACAUCUGACAGAGAGAGGAGAAUCACCUGUCCAACAUCUAGAGAGGAGAAUCACCUGUCCAACAUCUGACAGAGAGACGGAGAAUCACCUCUAUACAUCUAGAGAGAGGAGACUCACCUGUCCAACAUCCAGAGAGGAUAACCACCUGUCCAACAUCUAGAGAGGAGGAUACCUGUCCAACAUCUGACAGAGAGACGGAGAAUCACCUCUAUACAUCUAGAGAGAGGAGACUCACCUGUCCAACAUCCAGAGAGGAUAAUCACUUGUCCAACAUCUAGAGAGGAGAAUCACCUGUCCAACAUCUAGAGAGGAGAUUCACCUGUCCAACAUCUAGAGAGGAGAAUCACCUGUCCAACAUCUAGAGAGGAGAACACCUGUCCAACAUCUAGAGAGGAGAAUCACCUGUCCAACAUCUAGAGAGGAGAAUCACCUGUCCAACAUCUAGAGAGGAGAAUCACCUGUCCAACAUCUGACAGAGAGAGGAGAAUCACCUGUCCAACAUCUGACAGAGACGGAGAAUCACCUGUCCAACAUCUGACAGAGAGAGGAGAAUCACCUGCCCAACAUCUAGAGAGGAGAAUCACCUGCCCAACAUCUAGAGAGGAGAAUCAGCUGUCCCACAUCUAGAGAGAGGGGAAUCACCUGCCCAACAUAUAGAGAGGAGAAUCACCUGCCCAACAUCUAGAGAGGAGAAUCACCUGCCCAACAUCUAGAGAGGAGAAUCACCUGCCCAACAUCUAGAGAGGAGAAUCACCUGCCCAACAUCUAGAGAGGAGAAUCACCUGCCCAACAUCUAGAGAGGAGAAUCAGCUGCCCAACAUCUAGAGAGGAGAAUCAGCUGUCCCACAUCUAGAGAGAGGAGAAUCACCUGCCCAACAUCUAGAGAGAGGAGAAUCACCUGCCCAACAUCUAGAGAGGAGAACACCUGCCCAACAUCUAGAGAGGAGAACACCUGCCCAACAUCUAGAGAGGACCAUCACCUGCCCAACAUCUAGAGAGGAGAACACCUGCCCAACAUCUAGAGAGGAGAAUCACCUGCCCAACAUCUAGAGAGGACAAUCACCUGCCCAACAUCUAGAGAGGACCAUCACCUGCCCAACAUCUAGAGAGAGGACCAUCACCUGCCCAACAUCUAGAGAGGACCAUCACCUGCCCAACAUCUAGAGAGGAGAACACCUGCCCAACAUCUAGAGAGGAGAAUCACCUGCCCAACAUCUAGAGAGGAGAAUCACCUGCCCAACAUCUAGAGAGGACCAUCACCUGCCCAACAUCUAGAGAGGAGAACACCUGUCCAACAUCUAGAGAGGAGAACACCUGCCCAACAUCUAGAGAGGAGAAUCACCUGCCCAACAUCUAGAGAGGAGAAUAACCUGCCCAACAUCUAGAGAGGAGAAUCACCUGUACAACAUCUAGAGAGGAGAAUCACCUGUCCAACAUCUAGAGAGGAGAUUCACCUGUCCAACAUCUAGAGAGGAGAAUCACCUGUCCAACAUCUAGAGAGGAGAACACCUGUCCAACAUCUAGAGAGGAGAAUCACCUGUCCAACAUCUAGAGAGGAGAAUCACCUGUCCAACAUCUAGAGAGAAAUGUAAAUGCAUUAGCUGUAAGAAAAAACACCGGCCACCAAGCAACAACAUUUGGGCUAGCACCAACCUUAGCCCUGGGCUAGCACCAACUUCAGCUCUGGGCUAGCACCAACGCCAGCCCAGGGCUAGCACCAACACCAGCCCAGUGCUAGCACCAACUUCAGCUCUGGGCUAGCACCAACUUCAGCCCUGGGCUAGCACCAACUUCAGUUCUGGGCUAGCAUCAACUUCAGCCCUGGGCUAGCACCAACGCCAGCCCAGGGCUAGCACCAACUUCAGCUCUGGGCUAGCACCAACUUCAGCCCAGGGCUAGCACCAACCUUAGCCCAGGGAUGGCACCAACCUUAGCCCAGGGCUAGCACCAACCUUAGCCCUGGGAUAGCACCAACCUUAGCCUGAGGCUAAGCAAGUGUUCACACUUGUACAUUCUAAAGUGGACUAGCACCAAACUUAGUCCACGGCUAGCACCAAACUUAGUCCAUGGCUAGCUGGCCCUACUCCGGAGCAGGGUUAGCACACACUUUUCGGGGUUAGCCCCAGAAACACAGUGCCAAAAUAGCAAAUGUGAAACAGGGUCACGAACAAUACCUAGAAUACUUACUGUUCAAUCACAAAAGCGGCACUUUCACUUAAUCAGCAUAUGCUGGCGACGCUUGUGAAGCCUCUAAUGUGUUCUGCACGGUAUUUUAAGAAGUAAAAUUCAUACUAUUUCAUCCUUCCAUCUGAGGACAAAAACCCUACUGUAUGCAGGCUGGCUAACUUCUUCUCACUUAGCCAACUAAAGCUACUCAUUCCACAGAUAGAAGGGCGGCAAACACUCCCUUUCCCCCUGUUGUCCUAGCUUUAAUUGUAUAUACUGUAUCCAUGAAAAUAACGUUGGGUGAUUUUCGAAUUCGGUCAAAAAAGUUCAUGUCUCAUUAGUUCACAGCAUUCUCUGUACAGGGGAGGGAUGGAAUUUCAAAAGUGAAAGAUUGUUUUCCAAUGUUGGACAGGCAGACAACCAAAGUUUAUAAAAAAAACGAUCACUAUUGUAAAUCAAAUGCUAGGCUAGAAGCAAGAGGAAAUAAUGUGUUAAUCAAUGUCUUAUUGCUUAUAAUGGGGCCGGUUUAGCAUGGGGCCGGUCUAGCAUGGGGCCGGUUUAGCAUGGGGCCAAUAUAGCAUGGGGUCAGUCAAGCAGGGCUAGCACCAACCUUAGCCCUGGGAUAGCACCUGGGUCUAGCAUGGUCUAGAAUGGGGCCGGUCUAGCAUGGGGCCAGUCUAGCAUGGGGCCAGUCUACCCCAAGGCCAGUCUAGCAUGGGGCCAGUCUACCCCAAGGUCAGUCUAGCAUGGGGCCAGUCUAGUAUGGGCCCAGUCUACCCCAAGGCCAGUCUAGCAUGGGGCCGGUCUAGCAUGGGGCUGGUAUAGCAUGGGGCCAGUCUAGCAUGGGGCUAGUCUAGCAUGGGGCCAGUCUAGCAUGGGGCUAGUCUAGCAUGGGGCCGGUCUAGCAUGGGGCCAGUCUACCCCAAGGCCAGUCUACCCCAAGGCCAGUCUAGCAUGGGGCCAAUCUAGCAUGGGGCCAAUCUAGCAUGGGGCCAGUCUAGCAUGGGGCCAAUCUAGCAUGGGGCCGGUCUAGCAUGGGGCCGGUCUAGCAUGGGGCCAGUCUACCCCAAGGUCAAUCUAGCAUGGGGCCAGUCUACCCCAAGGCCAGUCUAGCAUGGGACCAGUCUACCCCAACGCCAGUCUAGUAUGGGGCCAGUCUAGCAUGGGGCCAGUCUAGCAUGGGGCAGGUCUACCCCAAGGCCAGUCUAGCAUGGGGCCAGUCUAGCAUGGGGCAGGUCUACCCCAAGGCCAGUCUAGUAUGGGGCCAGUCUAGUAUGGGACCAGUCUAGCAUGGGGCCAGUGUACCAUGGGGCUAUUCUAUCCCGGGGCCAGUCUAUCCCGGAGCCAGUCCACCCCAAGGCCAGUCUAGUAUGGGGCCAGUCUAGUAUGGGACCAGUCUAGCAUGGGGCCAGUCUAGCAUGAUGCAAGUCUAGCCCAGGGCUAGUCUAGCCCGAGGUCAGUCUAGCCCGGGGUCAGUCUAGCAUGGGGCCAGUCUAGCAUUGGGAUUGGGCCAGUCUAGCAUGGGGCCAGUCUGUCCCGGAGCCAGUCUACCCCAAGGCCAGUCUAGCAUGGACCAGUCUAGCAUGAGGCAAGUCUAGGGUACCAGUGGGUCUCUAUAAACUAGUGUCCCAGUGGUUCAUUCUAUAAACUAGGGUACCAGUGGGUCUUUCUAUAAACUAGGAUACCAGUGGGUCAUUCUCUAAACUAGGGUACCAGUGGGCCUUUCUAUAAACUAGGAUACCAGUGGGCCUUUCUAUAAACUAGGGCACCAGUGGGUCUUUCUAUAAACUAGGGUCCCAGUGGGUCUCUAUAAACUAGGGUCCCAGUGGGUCUCUAUAAACUAGGGUCCCAGUGGGUCUUUCUAUAAACUAGGGCACCAAUGAGCAUUUCUUGUAGUGAACUGUUUGGAGCGGUUCCAAAGUCAUUAAUAAUGAUUUGCCAUUUAUUUUCACGUGAAUACAUUACGAUGUUAAAGGGGGAGCAUAGAUACAUUCAAUAUAAUUCAUGAGUUGAAUCAAAAACCUGUGUUUAAAGUCUUUCUCGUGCUUGGAUUCUUCAUGGAUUUGACAAAUAUCGUGUGACACAAAACCCUAUUACAUUGAUGAUACUGCUGUUUGUUGUUACAUCAUAUACAAAGCAUUUUAACAAUUGAAUUACACUUUGACCUUGAUCCUGGGAAAUUCCUGGAUAUUGCUUGUCAGACUCUUUUUAGUGUGGAGAUCUGGGAAGUGGACUGGGACCUCAUAACAUUUAGUAUCUUCUUAUGUUACAGUGUGAAAACAGUUUUCAUGAGCACACAUAUCCAAAACAAUGUACUGUAUGUGCUUACAAAAUCCAAUGCUUUUUAACAGAAAGAGUAACUUGAACUUGAUUAAUAAAAUGAAAUCGAUGUAAAUAAAGUAGUUCUUCAAU